UGUAUGUCAUCACAUCGAGAAAGGAGUAGAGGAGGAAGGUUGUCUUCAAGGAGAAGAGUGGUCCCCACAAACACUCUGACUUCAUGAGCAGAGGACCUCAAGAGAAAACGGCUCAACAAGAGAGAUCAACUUCAUGAACAAGUCUGUGGCAUCCUGUUAUUCAGAUUACCUUGUGAAGACUUGAGCCUUCUGAGUGUUCUUGUGCCCCUGUUUGCGAUCUAAUCAUGCAGCUGGUGUGCCUGGCCUGGAUGAUGGCCCUGGCCACCCCACUGGUUUGCUAUGGCUUCACCACCCGCAGUCAGGGCCUGCGUGGGCGGGUUCAGGGCGACCGGCGGAACAUCAGACCCAACAUCAUACUCAUCAUGACAGAUGACCAGGACGUGGAGCUUGGUUCACUACAGGUGAUGAACAAAACUCGUAAGAUCAUGGAGGACGGUGGUACCUCAUUCACCAAUGCGUUUGUGACUACGCCCAUGUGCUGUCCAUCACGAUCAUCCAUGUUGACGGGGAAGUACGUUCACAACCACAAUACAUACACCAACAACGAGAACUGUUCUUCGCCUUCCUGGCAAGCUCAGCAUGAGCCACGUACCUUUGCUGUUUAUCUCAACAAUACUGGAUACAGAACAGCUUUCUUUGGGAAGUACCUCAAUGAGUACAACGGCAGCUACAUCCCACCUGGGUGGCGUGAAUGGGUGGGGCUGAUCAAAAAUUCCCGUUUCUAUAAUUACACUGUCUGUCGGAAUGGGAACAAGGAAAAGCAUGGAGCGGAUUAUGCCAAGGACUACUUCACUGAUUUGAUCACCAACAACAGUAUCGACUACUUCAGAAUGUCCAAGCGCAUGUACCCGCAUCGGCCGGUGAUGAUGGUAAUCAGCCAUGCAGCGCCUCACGGCCCAGAGGAUUCAGCACCCCAGUACUCCGAGUUCUUCCCAAAUGCUUCCCAGCACAUAACUCCCAGCUACAACUAUGCACCAAACAUGGACAAGCACUGGAUCAUGCAGUACACAGGCCCGAUGAAGCCAAUUCACAUGGAGUUCACCAACUUCCUGCACAGGAAGAGGCUCCAGACGUUGAUGUCUGUAGAUGACUCAGUGGAAAAGAUAUACAAUGCUCUGGUCGACACCGGGGAGCUGGAUAACACCUAUAUCAUUUACACAGCUGACCAUGGGUACCACAUCGGGCAGUUUGGACUAAUCAAGGGGAAGUCUAUGCCCUAUGAUUUUGACAUUAGGGUGCCAUUCUUUGUUAGGGGUCCAAAUGUGGAGCCAGGUGCAAGAAACAAUCAUCUUGUGCUAAACAUUGAUCUAGCACCCACAAUCAUGGACAUAGCUGGUCUUGACACUCCACCUGAUAUGGAUGGCAAAUCUAUCCUGAAACUUCUAGAGCAGGAAAAGACGGGGAAUAGAUUCAAACCCAACCGGAAACCUAAAGUCUGGAGGGACACAUUCCUUGUGGAGCGGGGCAAAAUCCUGCGGAAGAAGGAAGACUCAGUAGGCAACUUGAACACCCAACACUCCAAUAGCUUACCUAAAUACAAGAAGGUGAAGGAGGUGUGUCAGCAGGCCGAGUUUCAGACGCCCUGUGAACAACCAGGACAGAAAUGGCACUGUGUCGAGGAGGUCAGUGGGAAAUGGCGUUUGCAGAAGUGUAAGGGCUCCCUGAAGGAGGGAUCCAAGAAAAGGGCAAGGAGUCUCCGUUCUCGUAGCUAUGACAGCCGGGAGAAAGACUGCAACUGCGGAGACCAACCUUACAAAACAGCCAAGGCAGAGCGCCGGGCAAACAGACGGUUCGCUCAGAGCAGCAGUCCACGCUACAGACCUCGCUUUGUGCACACUCGGCCUGCCAGAUCUCUGUCAGUGGAGUUUGAGGGAGAGAUCUAUGAUGUGGACCUGCAGGCUGAUGACAAAACUCCCCUUGAGCCUCGACCAAUCAGCAAACUGCACUAUGAGCCAGCGGGAGCCUUUGAUCUGGACUUAGGGCUGGAGUCUGAUGAUGGCUCAGAAGAAAUGCAGUCAGAUGACACUAAUGCAGUGGGCUACCCCAUUUCUCUCAAAGUUACACACAAGUGUUUCAUACUAAUGAAUGACACUGUGCGAUGUGAAAGGGAAAUUUACCAGUCCUCCAGAGCAUGGAAAGACCACAAGAACUUUGUGGAUCAUGAGAUUGAACUUCUCCAGGAUAAAAUGAAGAAACUCCGUGAGGUUAGAGGUCAUCUGAAGAGGAGGAGACCAGAUGAAUGUGACUGUGAAAAGAAGAGCUAUUAUAGCAAAGAGAGAGAGCAGAAUAACAAACCUGAGAGAUUGAAGAAUAGGAAUGACCACCUCCAUCCCUUUAAAGAGGCCAUGCUGGAAGUGGACAGCAAGGCUCAACUCUACAAUGAGAUCCGUCGCAGGAAGAAAGAGAGGAAGGAGAGGAAGAGGCAGAGGAAGGGUGAUAAUUGCAGUCUUCCUGGCCUCACCUGCUUCACGCAUAAUAAUGACCACUGGCAGACUGCCCCCUUCUGGAACUUGGGUGGCUUCUGUGCCUGCACAAGCUCCAACAACAACACAUACUGGUGUCUGAGAACUAUUAAUGAAACUCACAACACGCUGUUCUGUGAAUUUGCCACUGGAUUCCUGGAGUACUUUGACCUAAACAGUGAUCCUUACCAGUUAACCAAUACAGUUUAUACUGUGGAGAGAGAUGUUCUGAGCCAGCUGCAUCUUCAGCUAAUGGAAAUGAGAAGCUGUCAAGGACACAAACAGUGCAACCCCAGACCGAAAAGUUCAGAUGCAGAGCACAACCAGCCUGGGACAUACACAAAGGUUAAGAUGCCCAAUUUCACAGAGGAUGUCAACUGGCAAGGACUGGCAGAUCUAUACAGUGUGAAUGAGAGUCUGUAUGAACACAGACACAACUACAGUCCAAGCCUGGAUGACUGGACAAACUUUUGGAAGGAUGUAGAUAGUAUGUUUGCACUGCUGAGAAAUUUAAAGGUACUCAACCAAACCAAUAAGCUUGACCCCCUGGCUGAGCUGGGCUCUGGGGUCCUGGAGGAGGCCAGCGGUGCUGGAAGCCCUGUCCAAGAGAAAUGGCCCCCUGUGGUCACUCCGAGCCCCGCCACAGCAGGCCUGACUCCCAAAACACUUACAGAGACUCUCAAGUCUCUUAAUGAUCUCCCAGAGGGUCGCCAAACCGAACUGAGUGAUCUUCUCAGAGGUGGCACCUGGGUUCAGCAGCUGGAAAAUGAGCUGGACAAUGACGGGAUGACAUUUAGUGGCAACGGCGUCACUGAGCUGGAGACUCACCAUGACUUCCUGUUGCGCAGCUCCAACAUCAUGCAGGAGCAACAACUGGAUCUCCAUCAGACCCCAAAACACCAGCAGGAGGAUGAGGAGGACAUUUUUCAGGCCCAAGUUUACCUUCCCCUCUCCCCACAGCCAGCCAAACCCCCAGAGCAAACCGAGAAGUUGCCUCCACCACAGCAUGACACCCCUCAGGAGAGGUGGAAUGAAAGCAUCAAACCCGGUACCCUCAAGCCCAGGUACCCUCAGGACCCUGAGGGCAGUGCCUUGGGCCCUUCCCCUUUAAGAAAGGACUGCUGCCAUGCACUGUAUAACCAGCCAACUCAAAGACAUUAACCCCAUAGAGCAUGGACUGCUUCCUAUGUAUGAAUCAUCUAAUGAAUUAUUUUUAUUUUUUACAGGUUUUUCCAUUUAUUAGAAAUCAGUGUUAUGUAUUUUGUAAUAUAGAGAAAUUAAGAGACCACUGCAAAAUUAUCAGUUUCUCUGGAUUUAAUAUUUAUAGGUAUGUGAGUCAAAUGAACAUUUUUGUUUUAUUUUAUAAAGUACUGACGAUAUUUCUCCCAAAUUCCAAAUAAAAAUAUUGUCAUUAACUGGUCAAAAUAACAAAAAAAUGCAGUGUUUUUAGACCUUGAAUAAUGCAAAGAAAACAAGUUCAUAUUCAUUUCAUCAUUCAACAGCACAGUACUAAUAUUUUAACUUGGGAAGAGUUCAGAAAUCAAUAUUUGGUGGAAUAACCCUGAUUUUCAAUCACAGCUUUCAUGCGUCUUGGCAUGCUCUCUACCAGUCUUUCACAUUGCUGUUGGGUGACUUUAUGCCACUCCAGGCACAAAAAUUAAAGCAGCUCGAUUUUGUUUGAUGGCUUGUGGCCAUCCAUCUUCCUCUUGAUCCCAAAGGUUUUCAAUGGGGUUCAGGUCUGGAGAUUGGGCUGGCUAUGACAGGGUCUUGAUCCGGUGGUCCUCCAUCCACACCUUGACUGACCUGGCUGUGUGGCGUGGAGUAUUGUCCUGCUGGAAAAACCAGUCCUCAGUUUUGGGGAACAUUGUCAGAGCAGAAGGAAGCAAGUUUUCUUCCAGGAUAAACUUGUUCAUGGCUUGAUUCAUGCGUCCUUCACAAAGACUAAUUUGCCCGAUUCCAGCCUUGCUGAAGCACCCCCAGAUCAACACCACUAAUGUUUUUUUGCAUUAUUCGAGGUCUGAAGACACUGCAUCUUUUUUGUUAUUUUGACCAAUUGUCAUUGUCUGCAAAUAAAUGCUCUAAAUGGCAAUAUUCUUAUUUAGAAUUUGGGAGAAAUGUUGUCAGUACUUUUAUAGAAUAAAACAAAAUGUUCAUUUUACUCAAACACAUACAUAUAAAUAGUAAAUCCAGAGAAACUGAUAGUUUUGCAGUGGUCUCUUAAUUUUUUUUCACAGAGCUGUAUAUAAAAAUGUAGAGGUAAAGUAUUGGAUUCAUCUCAAAUGUUUCAAGUGGAAAACAUCAUCAAAGUAAGGUUUUCAUAUAUAUAUUUUUUAAAAGAAACAGCUUAAAAUGUUGAAACCAUUACAUUCAGUCUUGAAUUAUUCACAUGCUGGUUGUUUCCCCAGAUAUUUGAUGCACUUUCAUGUUUUAUUUUUUUUUUUUUUUUUUUUUUAUGUCAUAUUUUACAGUCUCAUUUAUACAAGAACAAUUCAAUAUUAAAGUCCACCCAUUUUAAAGCAGUGUUCUGGGUUCAAUACAAGUUAAGCUCUAUUGACCGCAUUUGUGGCAUAAUGUUAAGUGGUACAAAACUCGUCCCUUGUUUGUAUGUGUGUGUGUGUAUGUAAAAUAUAUAUAUAUAAAUUGCGGUCACAGGAAGGUGCUUGCAUACAAUGGAAAUGAAUGGGGCCAGUCCAUAAAUAUUAUAAGUAUAGCCACAAGACAUAAACAUUAUACAUUAUAUUAGCAUGAUAAAGACACUUACUAACCUUAUUUGUGUAAAGUUACAUCCAAUAUUACAACUUUGUCAUGAUGAAAUAAUGCCAGUAAACCCUGUAAUCUGGUUAAUGCUGGUAAAUCCCUGAUUUAAUCACACUAAAAUCAUGUUAACACAUAAUAUUUGUCUUGUGGCUAUACUUUUGAAACGGUGUAUUUUAAUGUUUGUGGACUGGCCCCUUUCACUUACAUAGCAAGUACCUUACUCGGACCACGAUAUUUGCUUUUUUUUUUUCAUUAAACGAGGGACGUGUCAAAAUUAUUUUUGCAGUAAACGGUAUUAUGUCACAUGCCCUUUUAUAAAGCCCAGAACAUUCAUUUCAGUCUUGAAAAUAUGAAAUUAUACCUUUCUGGUGUCCAGGUGCGUUCACUUUCAUUAAGUAAUAUUUGAAUGGUGGUGUUGUGUUUCAUGGUUACUUAGUACAGAUUAUUAGGUUCAGUUCACUGUUUACACAAUAAAACACUGCUUGAACCUUUUUUAGACACUUGGGUGAGCAUGAACAUGGGUUUAAUGGUUGUACUGUUCAGUGAAAUGGUUUUCUCACACAUGUUGCAUCACAGUAAAAUGUAUGAUAGUUCAGCUACAUUCAAUACAUAUACAGUAAAUGUAAGAAGGGCAUUCACCAAAAGUGCUUUUAGACUACCUUUAGCAUUUUCACUAAUACUAACCCACAAAAAUGUAUCACUUUAAUAGAGCUUGUUUCGUUUAUGAAGAAUGUGAGAUCAUAUGAUCCUAAGUUUUCUUUUACCCUUUGCCUGACCAGUUUCGUCCUGUCUUUAGAACUACAAUGUCUAAAUUAAUUUCUGAAGUAAAAAUGUUUUUAAAUAUGAGGUGACCUGAAAAUGUACAAAUAUUACAUUCUAUUAAACAAUGGUGUUGGAACAAUUCUGGCUUCUGGAAAGCCAAGAGGCUAUUUUGAAAUAAAAAAUUGCCAAACAUUUGUUUCACCUACCUUGUGCU